AUGUCGAUCGAUAUGAACACUUCUACCCUACCCACCUUUCCUCCGCCGGCUGAUGUCGAGAUGUCCUUGGACGACGACGAUGAGCAAGACAGUCCACACCAAGACUACCGCGAGUUACUGAACGACGAGCGGUGUGUCAACUUACUCGAUCAAGGUGCCUGCCACGACCACCCUGACAAUACCACGCCAGACAAUCUCCUGAUAUGGCAAGCCAAUAUCAAGAGAUGCGACAAGCGAGUGGAAGCCCUCUGCACCGAGAUCAACAGUCGACUCUACGGAGAGUCUCCCCGCCCACUCCCCCAAGUCAUUGCCGUACAGGACAUGUGCUACAAACAGGCCUUUCAUGGUAUCCCUGGAUAUCAUGUCUGGUACCUCUCUGACGGUCAGUUCACCGAAGCGGACUAUGAACCCGAUGCCCAACACAGAAAGUGGGCUAAGAUCGUUGAUAAAUGCCUCGAAGCCCUUGAUCGUGCCCAAGUCGCUAUCAACGUCAGUCAACCGUGGCUGCCCCCUACAUCCAUCACCGCUCAGCAGGCAAAUCCCCGCCUUGCUGGGGCACGCGAAUCCCUCUCCGACCUCCGCGAGAUUGCCUUUGCGAACGAAGAUACCGCGAUCAUGGCAAAGUCUGCUCUGCUAUGUAUCGCUAACACGCUCUCGAGUGUGCAGACGAUGGUGACUGAGGUUUUGGGGGCAUGCUCAGAUGCUCCUUCAGAACUCGUCUCCGCCAAGAAAGCAUUCUCUUCUGUCCAGAAAAGUAUUCAUACUGGAGUCAACAGCCUCUCCGACAAGAGCUUCCAGUUCAAGGCCAUCCCCAAGAUACACAGUGUCGGCUUCUAUGUACACAACUCUAUACCGACUACUUCCUGGAGAGUCAAGACCUGCAAAGGUGCCAACAGGGAACUACUUGCUACCCUUGAGAUUGCUAGCCUUGACGCUGCUACGGCUACUAAACCUCUGGUCAUUCACAACGUUUACAACCACCUCAACAAACUCAAGGUCGACUCCUUGCUCUCCUACAUGGACUCAUGUUCAGACCAUAGCAUUCUUCUUGGGGACUUCAACUACCAUCACCAGGACUGGAACGGCAAUGAAAGGACGGAAACGAGCACGUCGGGCAAGAAGUUUGCCGAAGGUGUCAAGGCACACAACUACAUACAGAAGACGAAGAAAGGCGCGAUAACCUACUCCAACUCCAAGGAUACAUCGAAGCGGAGCUCGACUAUCGAUUUGACCUUCGCGGAGGAAUCGAUUAGCAAUUCGGUUGGGUGCUGUGAAGUGCUCCAAGUGCCCGGAUUCGAGAGUGACCAUCGCGUCAUUGAAACAUCGGUCAAGCGCACGGUCAAGAGGGAGGCCAAGACUAUGCCUUGCUGGCACAAGAUCACUCCUUCGAAGUUCCAACAUCAUCUCAAGCCUCGUCUUCCACCUCUCGACAGCCCACUUGACAACGAAGAUCAGAUCGUUUCCUUUUUUGCCAAGAUCAUAGAUGCUCUACAUGUCACCAUGACGGAGAACGUGCCUAGGAGGUCCUGCGGUCUCAGGCCUCAAGCUCUGCGAGCCAAGGAACUGGCAACGAAGCUGAGAAAGCGACUUGCAGAGUUGGACGCUCUCAAGAAGAAGGAUCAGACGCCCAAGACAUUGCGGAGAAUAUCUUUUGUGGAACGCGAUCUCGCCAGGUUGAAUAUUGAGAUGUGGGGCGAGUCCAACCGUGACGAGACUCGACGUCCCUCCUCGAAAGAGUUGUUCAACGUGUUCAGGUUGGCCAGGGGUAAAUCUCAACCACUUCAGUUCACUCAAACCCCAACACUCGAGUACAAGUGCGACAGUGAAGACGUCAAUGAAACGAAAUUUGCGGAAUCAGAUUACGACAAGGUUGAGAUGAUUAAGAAGGUCAAGUUCCGCAACAACAACAAUCCCGAGUCGAAAAGAAUCCUGGACGAGCCUGGCCCAAGGCACGACCCCCAGCGAGAGGACAUCGACAUGCCCCGGAGCAUCGAUGCUGAGAAGCUCCGGAAGAUCAUCAAGGGUCUUAAGAACAACAAAGCCCCAGGACCAGACAAGGUGCCCAACGAAGCAAUAAAGCUCGGCAUGGAACCCUUGCUGCCUUACUUUGUGCUUGGAUUCAAUGCCUGCCUCAACCUAUCACUUCACCCCGCCAACUUCAAGGACAGUAUCAUCGUUAUGCUACUGAAGACUGGCAAGGAACCGCACAAGCCCGAGUCUUACAGGCCCAUUUCAUUACUCUCGACCGUUGGCAAGCUUUACUAA